UUUGCCACCACUGCUCCUGCCACAUUCCCGACUCUCAACGAGUGCGCUUCGAAAUUAAUGAAUGAUACACACACUAACUCAGAGAUAACACUACAAGUAGCAUGACUUAAAGGUCAAACUCGAACAUAAUCAUAAACGCUGACCGUGGAUACUUGCACAUAGAUGAAUCAAUAAAAAAUCUAUAUACUCCUUUGCAAUCCAUCACAAUUGCAAUCUUCACAAUUAAACAAAGUGUUGAACACAAUUUUCAACCAAGUGAGUAUGCGGAUUAUAGUGUCGUGAGUGUGAGAGCUCAACAAACAGUAUGUUAACUUUUUAUCUAAUAAAUGUUGAACUGUCGAGAACCUGAUAAGGAGGCACUUCCACAUAAGUUAUUAACUAAAAAUGGACCAGAAAGUAUGUGGUGUGUGUAGUGACAAAGCCCUAAACUACAAUUUUAAUGCUGUAACCUGUGAAAGCUGUAAAGCAUUCUUUCGUCGAAAUGCGCUUACAAACAAAGUAUUUAAGUGUCCCUUUGAGGGAAGGUGUGAUAUCAAUACAGUUACGAGACGAUUCUGCCAAAGAUGUCGAUUGGACAAGUGUUUUGCCAUAGGCAUGAAAAAGGAUAUGAUUAUGACAGACCAGGACAAAGAAAUUAAAAAGAAGAAGAUUGAAGAGAACAAGGCAUUGAAGAGGGCUAAUGGCUUUGGAUUCAAGAAAGGAUUUAAGAAAGUAAAGAAGCCUAAGUAUUAUGACAAUCACAGUGAUGACUAUAGUAACUCUUCAAUGUCACCAGAGAGUACAACAAGCUCAAGUUUACAAGUCUCACCUGAGAGUGUACAAAAACUUGAUGGAUCUGGCAUGAAUCCACUCUUACAUUCCUUGAUUACGAAUAAUAAUCAUUUGAACUGCAAUCACAAUUCACCUAGUCCUGUGAGUACAACUCAGGAGAGGGUGGAAGUUGUGUAUACUGAUAUAGAUGUUGCCAGAGAUGUUUUGCAAGAUGUUCAACAACAUCAACAACAAAACAGAAGUGAAGCUAAUGCAAUUGAGUCAAUACUUUGUGAAGCAAUUAAACUGGAAUUUGACGCUUAUUCAUCAAUGGCACAUAGUAGAGGACCUUCAAGAGAACUGAAUGAUGCAGAAAGGGCUAAACUGAAUGAGUUGAUUGUUGCUAACAAGACGUUGUCUACACCUGUUGAUGAAGAUGCCACAAAUUGGAUUGCUGAAGAUUGCAGGAAGGUGAAUGUUCACAACAGUUUAUUAGCUGACCCAGCACUUCUGGACGUAAUCAACUUAACCGCAGUUGCAAUAAGGCGCCUAAUAAAAAUGGCGAAAAAAAUCAACGCUUUUAAAAAUAUGUGCCAAGAGGAUCAAGUCGCAUUGCUAAAGGGAGGCUGUACAGAAAUGAUGAUUCUGAGAAGCGUCAUGAACUACGAUUCCAGUAAGCAAACGUGGAAGAUACCGCAUACCAAAGAAUAUCUGGGAAACUUGAAGGCGGACGUAUUGAAGCAGGCCAAAGGUAACAUUUAUCAAGAGCACGAGAGAUUCAUAACGACGUUCGACCAGAAAUGGCGCAACGACGAAAAUAUUAUAUUAAUACUAUGUGCUAUCACAUUGUUCACACCCGAUCGAGCGCGUGUGGUUCAUCAAGACGUUAUUAAGUUAGAACAGGUAAAUUACUUAAGAAACAUUGUGUACAUAUACUUUUAUAUUAAAAAUUUCUUUGUAGAACUCGUAUUAUUACCUUUUACGUCGAUAUCUGGAAAGCGUGUAUCCCGGGUGCGAAGCGAAAUCUACUUUCCUAAAGUUGAUUCAAAAAAUCUCCGAAUUACACAAAAUGAACGAAGAAGUGAUCAACUGCUAUUUGGACGUGAAUCCAUCGGAUGUGGAACCGCUCUUGCUCGAAAUUUUCGAUUUAAAACAUUGAGUUUUGGGUCCAACCGAAGCAACCAACCUGAUUUACAAGUAAUUGUGCAAUAGAGAAGUUGUAAUCGAAACAUUUACAAACUAAACGAAAAUCAGGCCGAA